GGUGGUGAGCGACGACCAGUCCCUCUUCGACUCUGCCUACGGAGCGGCGGCCCAUCUCCCCAAGGCCGACAUGACCGCCUCAGGGAGUCCUGACUAUGGCCAGCCCCACAAAAUCAACCCCCUCCCGCCGCAGCAGGAAUGGAUUAAUCAGCCGGUGAGGGUCAAUGUCAAGCGGGAGUAUGACCACAUGAAUGGAUCCAGGGAGUCUCCAGUGGACUGCAGUGUUAGCAAAUGCAGCAAGCUAGUUGGUGGAAGCGAGUCCAACGCCAUGAACUACAACAGCUACAUGGACGAGAAGAACGGCCCCCCUCCUCCCAACAUGACCACCAACGAGAGGAGGGUCAUCGUCCCCGCAGACCCCACGCUGUGGACUCAGGAGCACGUGCGGCAGUGGCUGGAGUGGGCGAUAAAGGAGUAUGGCUUGAUGGAGAUCGACACAACCUUUUUCCAGAACAUGGAUGGCAAGGAACUGUGUAAAAUGAACAAGGAGGACUUCCUCCGAGCCACCUCCCUCUACAACACGGAAGUGCUGUUGUCACACCUCAGUUACCUCAGGGAAAGUUCACUGUUGGCCUAUAACACGACCUCCCACACAGACCAAUCCUCACGACUGAGUGUCAAAGAAGACCCUUCUUACGACUCAGUCAGGAGAGGAGGAUGGGGCAAUAACAUGAAUUCUGGCCUCAACAAAAGCCCCCCACUUGCAGGAGCACAAGCAAUGAGUAAGAAUACUGAACAAAGGCCCCAACCAGAUCCAUAUCAGAUCCUGGGCCCGACCAGCAGUCGCCUAGCCAACCCCGGAAGCGGGCAGAUCCAGCUGUGGCAAUUCCUCCUCGAGCUACUCUCCGACAGUGCCAACGCCAGCUGUAUCACCUGGGAGGGGACCAACGGGGAAUUCAAAAUGACGGACCCCGAUGAGGUGGCCAGGCGCUGGGGGGAGCGGAAAAGCAAGCCCAACAUGAAUUAUGACAAGCUGAGCCGGGCCCUCAGAUACUACUAUGAUAAAAACAUUAUGACCAAAGUGCAUGGCAAAAGGUAUGCCUACAAAUUUGACUUCCACGGCAUCGCCCAGGCUCUGCAGCCGCAUCCGACCGAGUCGUCCAUGUACAAGUACCCUUCUGAUAUCUCCUAUAUGCCUUCCUACCACGCCCAUCAACAGAAGGUGAACUUUGUCCCUCCCCACCCGUCCUCCAUGCCUGUCACUUCCUCCAGCUUCUUUGGAGCAGCAUCCCAAUACUGGACCUCCCCCACGGGUGGCAUUUACCCCAACCCCAAUGUCCCCCGCCAUCCUAACACCCACGUGCCCUCACACUUAGGCAGCUACUACUAGAAGCUUAAUCAUCGGUGGCCUUCUGCCCGAAGCCCCCAUUCCUCACACCUCCUGCGAUACUUUGGACUCCAAAGGACAUACGUGGCCUUGAAGAGAAAACAAAACUGGAUGUUCUUUCUUGUUGGAUAGAACCUUUGUUCUUUAAAAAGACAAUCCUUUUUUUUUUUUUUUUUUUAAAUGUUGGUAACUUUUGCUUCCUCUACCUUGAACACAAAGAUGGAUCGUUUUCUGGGCCAGUACACCAGUUUGGAUUCUCAAUCUCCUACCAUCUUCUGAGUUGAAUAUUUAGAUUACUGGAAUGGUUGUAUCAUGGUUCUAGGAAAGAAACUGUACCUUCUCUUUGUAUUUUUAUGACCAAAGCAGUUUCUUAUCAAUACACGGGUCUCAUCAUGGACCUUGUAGGGUUCAGUAUGAUAAAGAAUCAUGGACUUAACCAGUUACGCUCUGGUUUGAGACUAAGUGAAACUAGAGGCAGGAAGCUUAUAAUCGUAUUUUAGCAGGACCUAAUUCAGUGGAUGGCAACUGGAACAUUGGUUGUGAAGGCCAGUGAAGUUUUCACCCAACUGGAAUUUAAAAGAAAGAACAUGUGUGUCGUAUUUAAGAAGCCAUGGGCAUUGCAAAAUUUCUCCCAGUGGUCGACAUGCACUAGGCCGACCAUCCUCUCUAGAAAUACUCAACAUAUGAUCUAAGAAAUGUUAAUGCAAAUGCAGACAUUCCUGAAAGACAGAGAAUUAAAUAGUUUUUUAAAGUAAUGACAGUGGGUCCCAGAACUUUGAAAAGUCUUAGGGAUUUCUAGACACAAACAGAUUCGCAAGCGCUGUGCGUUUGUCAGACCACCAGUCCAGGGUCAACCAAUCAGAAGGCAACUUACUGUAUAAAUUAUGCAGAGUUAUUUUCCUAUAUCUCACAGUAUUAAAAAUAAAUAAUUAAAAAAGUAAAAA